AUGUCGGCCGUAGAAGGCACCCAUCCGAAGAAGCACAUCUGUCAGAUAUGCAGUCGCGCCUUCACCACCUCGGGGCACCUCGCCCGCCACACCCGCAUCCACACCGGUGAACGCAACCACAAGUGUCCUUUCCCCGGCUGUGAGACUCGCUGCUCUCGCCAGGACAACCUCCAGCAGCAGUGA